UCAAAAUUAUCUUUUGUGUCUAUAUAGUUAGACAUAAAUGCACCAUCUCUAGUUCUCAAGAUUCAUUCUUCUUGUCACUCUGUAACACAUAGAGAAAUUUGAAGACAUGAGCAGGGUAGAUAUCGAGAGAACAACAACAGGGUUUGCUGCAAAAGACCCUUCUGGGAUUCUCUCACCCUAUACUUACACCCUAAGAAACACGGGCCCUGAAGAUGUUUAUGUGAAGGUGAUAAGCUGUGGGAUUUGCCAUACUGAUAUUCACCAAAUCAAGAAUGAUCUUGGCAUGUCCAACUACCCCAUGGUUCCUGGGCAUGAAGUGGUAGGUGAGGUGGUGGAGAUUGGAUCAGUUGUAACCAAGUUUAGAGCCGGAGACGUUGUAGGAGUCGGUUGUCUGGUAGGAUGCUGCGGGAACUGCCACCCUUGCAAAUCGGAAAUCGAGCAGUACUGCAACAAGAAGAUUUGGUCGUACAACGAUGUCUACACAGAUGGCAAUCCCACACAAGGAGGAUUUGCUGGCGCCAUGGUCGUUAAUCAAAAGUUUGUUGUGAAGAUUCCUGAUGGUAUGGCACCGGAACAGGUAGCGCCUCUACUCUGUGCCGGAGUGACAGUGUACAGCCCCCUGCACCAUUUCAACCUCAAACAGAGUGGCCUAAGAGGGGGGAUUUUGGGGCUCGGAGGGGUUGGACACAUGGGAGUGAAGAUAGCAAAGGCCAUGGGACAUCAUGUCACUGUCUUUAGUUCUUCAGACAAGAAGAGAGUCGAAGCACUGGAAGACCUUGGCGCAGAUGAAUACCUCGUUAGCUCUGAUUCCAGUCGAAUGCAAGAGGUUGCUGACUCACUGGAUUACAUCAUUGACACGAUUCCAGUUUUCCAUCCUCUCGAGCCUUACCUUUCUUUGUUGAAAGUUGAUGGAAAAUUGAUCUUGAUGGGCGUUAUUAAUACUCCAUUGCAGUUCAUCACCCCCAUGGUUAUGCUUGGGAGGAAGACGAUCACUGGAAGCUUUAUCGGGAGCAUCAAGGAGACGGAGGAAAUGCUAGAGUUCUGCAAGGAUAAGGGUGUUACUUCAACUAUUGAGGUGGUUAAAUUGGACUACAUAAACACCGCGUUUGAGAGGUUGGAAAAGAACGACGUUAGGUACAGAUUUGUCGUCGAUGUGGCUGGCAGCAAACUUGACCAAUGAAAACACAGAAUGGAUACAAGCUUACAUAUUUAAGUUCUGUUUUUCUUAAGACUUAUGCAUACUAAGCAAAACUGAGAGUUAUGUGUUCUUGUUCUUUUUCUUCGAAGACAAUCAAAUCUGGGUUUUGUUCAUUUCUUGGAUAAUAUAAUCAGUACUUCGAAGUU